GAACUGAAAGAGUGAAGCCUACAAAAGGUCGCGGCUAGGGUUCGUCUUCGAUUAGAUCUCUUUCUCCUCUAUAUUUCGGACAUUUGACAGAUCCUGUAAUCAUAUAAAAUCUCUGGAGAGGAGAAUACAGUUUCAGUUGAUUUUGAUUCAAUGGCUCAGGGGGGAAGAUCUACCGGGAAGGUGAACUGGUUCAGCGACUCGAAGGGGUUCGGGUUUAUCACGCCCGACGAUGGAGGUGAGGAGUUGUUCGUGCAUCAAUCGUCCAUUAGAUCGGAUGGUUACCGUAGCCUUACGGAGGGAGAGUCCGUCGAGUACACCGUUUCCCAGGGAAACAGCGGGAAGACCCAGGCGGUUGAUGUGACUGCGCCUGGUGGAUCUGCUAUCAACAAGAAAGACAACAGCUUCCGAAGUGGAUGGAGAGGCCUCGAUAGGCGCAACGGCGGUGGUAGCAGCGGGGGGUGUUAUAACUGCGGGGACACGGGGCACAUGGCUAGGGAUUGUACUAACAGUGGUAACAGUAACUAUAACAGCAGCAAUAACAUCCGUGGAGGCGGUGGUGGUGAAGGCUGUUAUGUCUGCGGCGAAAUGGGGCAUUUCGCGAGGGAAUGCAGGCGGGGCAGUGGAGGAGGUGGUGGAGGUGUUGGUGGUCCGUGCUAUAACUGUCAGCAAUACGGGCACUUGGCGAGGGAUUGUCAUAAUAGAAGAGUUGCGGGUGGGGGAAACAAUGGCGGUGCGUGCUUCGAGUGUGGGAAGUAUGGGCACAUGGCAAGGGACUGUGAUGUUAGAGGAAGCGGUGGAGGCGGUGGUUGCUAUAACUGUGGGGAGAAGGGGCAUCUCGCAAGGGAGUGUCCUAAUGAUGGUGCUUGAUGAAGUAAAGGGAAAAAAGAGUAAUAGUACAUAUUCCUCUUUUUCGGCUUAAGUUUUCUUUCUAUGGGGAUAUAUUAUCAUGGAUUUUUGAGGGUUAUACAUGGUUUCUUUUUUUGAGAUCGGAGUGGCAUUCUGUUCGGGGAGGAAUUAUAUCCUGUUUCUGAUACAUACAGAUUUAGGCGAUGUCUUUUUCUUAAUCAAGUUCUUCAUUUCUCUUGUUAAGGAUGAACAUGGGAUUGAUUUCUAAUUCAUUUUUGGUCUUCUAAGUGAUAGUUAAUUCAUUAGCA